AUGGACGGAACAAGACACUACGACAACCCUGCUAGCGAGAGAAAGCUCGCUUUCACUCUUGAGAAGUUCAAUGGCAGGAAUUUGAACCCUUCAGUCUCAGUCUAUCUGCCAUACAAUCUCACGACAGAUGUUUUCGAAGAACUUAUUUCCAAUAGUGACGAUGGAAAGCAUGCAUUCGACUUUCCAGCUCUGAGAAACUGGCUGGGCAAGCUCUUCGUUACUCUCGACGCCCAACAAGAUCCAGCGCAUCCAUUCCACAAAAAGCCUUACCAACUGAAAGAGUUAGAUAUCCAGGCAGCAGAUUUCUUCCAUGCAAAAAAGCUAGGCUUUAUGAAACUCCAAAGCAGAGUAGUCAACGGCGGGAAGGAUGAUGAAUGGAUACCAGGGGCUGUAUUUCUACGAGGCGGUAGCGUCGCCAUUCUCAUCAUCGUUCAGCCGGAAGGCGCAGGCGGCGAGGAUGAGAAGCAAGUCAUCCUGACCGUUCAGCCCCGUGUAGCCGCCUCUUCACUAGCCUUUACAGAGAUACCUGCAGGCAUGGUCGAUGGCUCAGGUUCCUUCAUAGGCAAAGCAGCAGACGAGAUCAAGGAAGAAACUGGCCUCGAAGUCAAAGAAAGUGAACUGUUGGAUAUGACGAAGCUGGUGCUAGAGGACGUACAGCCCGACUUCCCUUCUGCAACUAUAUCCCUUCAAGAAGCGAUGUACCCUAGCCCUGGUGCUUGUGAUGAGUCGAUCACGCUAUUUCUUUGCCAGAAGCGUCUCACGCGCCGACAUUUGCAAGAUCUUGAGGGCAAAACAACAGGCCUCGAAAAAGAGGGCGAGAAGAUCAGGCUGAAGCUAGUGCCGCUGGACAGGCUCUGGAAAGAAGCUGCUCGGGAUGGCAAGGCUCUUGCGGCGCUGAGCUUGUACGAAAACCUCAAGCGCGAAGGCAAAAUACCCAACAUGCCUCGAAAGGCUGAAGGUGAGCCUGAAGACUUGCGUGGAGAUAUCUGA